GGGAUUCGAAGCCGUGCGCCACCGUUUGUGCAGGGGCUUUGAACAUCCUGCCCUGCCAAUCGUCCCGCAUAAUUAGAUGUCAACCCCGGAAAAUGCGGUAACUUGGAGUCGAACCCUCACUCUAGUGUCAGAUGGCAUUUCUCUGCAUCAGAUAAGUGACGAGUCCAAUCAUCAAGCCGUAUCAAAACGUUGAUCCGUUUGGGGAAGUCAUGCUGUUUUCCUCCUCAUGCAUUUUCAUCACGUGUAUGCCAUUUACUUAUGCCUCCUACUGUCUUCCUUCCUUCCCCCUUCUUCCCCUUGCCAAGCAAGCGUUUGCACUCAUCCAAUCUACUUUUUUUUUAAUAUCCUCUGCUUCUGGAAAGCCGACUUUCCAUUCUUUAAAAGGCUUCUCUUACAAUUCACUCAACCACACAACCUCUGGUUCAGGUCUCAUCAACACUAGAUAUGUCUUCCGCCGAGCUCAUCGCGGAGAUCCUGACCCUCUCCAGCGGUCUAGAGUCCUUCAACUAAUUCCAAAUCCUCUCCCUCUCCCAAUCCAACAACCUCUUCACCUUCGCGCCCGAACUCAUCUCCUUCUCGCAAUCCUGCGGCAACGAACUCCAACAACUGCUAUCGCUCUCGCAAAGCUCCAUCUUCAACAACAUGAUUGAAACCAACCUCAACCUCGCCGGUUCCCUAAGCCCUUGUCUUGAGCAGGUUUUAGGCCUCGAGCAACUUUUUGCGAGCGGACAGGAUAACCUGAACCUUU